AUGACAUUGUUUCCUAAUUUCAAUAUGUCUCCCUCUGAUGUUCAUUACUCCAAAGCUCUUAAAGUUCAAUUACAGAUAGUUGGUGCAGAUUUAAAUCCAAGAAGUAUUGCAGCUACUUUGCAUUAUCAAAUGGUUUGGCGGAUCCAAGACCAUGCUCUUGAUCUCGCUAUUCCUACGACUACUAAUGCGUUGCUCCUUACUGUUGGCUCUCAGAAUACUCCUCACUGCAUCAAUAUUCCUAGGCAGAUUUCCAGAAAUGAUUUGAUUAAAUUGUUACCAAACUCUUGGGAGACGAGUUACGAGUCUCUUAAUAAAAAAGAAACUCCAAUGGUUUCUACAAAAUCCACCAUGCAUGAUAAUAGUGAUGGAACAACAACUAUCAGAUUUAAGUCUCCAGCAACUCCCAGUGCUCCACCUUUGAGUUUUCGACAAACUCAAUUCAUGAUCACUCCAGUCUCACCAACUACAGUAGUACGGGAACCUGGACUUUUCAUUCAUUCAUUUCAACAAUCUAGUAUUCCUGUCUAUCAUCAAUUUGAUCCAGUCACUGGUCACACUCCAUUUGAUCUUGACUACCAAUGCUUGGACUGUCGUGAUGAUCCGAUUUGGGAAAUAGACAAGCAUUAUCUUUCCAAACGAAACUUUUCCAAAAGGAAAAAACAGACAGCUCGGUGUAGUAAAAAAGAUCUUCACUCUAGAUUUGAAGACCAUGAUCCUGAAGUUGGCCUUCUUAGUCAACCAUCUAGUAAAUUUGACUAUUAUGUCAAAUAUUCUCCACCGGCCUGGAAAGAAUCACCAUCCAUUACACCUUCAUGA